UCAUACCUUAGUUACAUUUCUGUUUACAUGAACUUUCCGCAAAACUGUAGCUUCGUCGAUACUUGCUCGUGGUUUGACUGACAGUAACGCCUGACUGUUUUGGCUAUUUUGGUGGAAUGGUGUGUUUGAUACUCCACUUUCGUGCGAAAAUCCAUGUCAUUUUACCGCAGACUCUCAGAAGUUUACUUAGCAAGCAAGGAGGAAACUGCAAUAUAUCCCUUGUCAAAUAUUAUCCUCAAAUAUGGUGGUAUUCCGCUGAAUACUUCAACAGUUUUAAUUCCUCUCUCAGUGCAAAAAUCAGAGCAAGUAGAAUGCCUAAGAAAAAAAAUAAAGAACCUUCGACAAAAAUAGGAGAGGAAGCCAGAGAAAGAUCUCCAUUUGAAAUUAUCGGGGAUGGUUCUAUUUUGGUUAAAAUUCACGCCAAGCCUGGUGCAAAACAAAACAGGAUUACGGAACUUUCUCCUGACUUUGUUGGUGUACAGAUAGCUGCCCAACCUAAGGAAGGUGAGGCCAAUGAUGAACUAGUGCGAUACAUGUCCUCUGUGUUUGGUGUCAAAAAGAGUACUGUUACAUUGGAUAAGGGGGCUAAGUCUCGGGAUAAGAUAAUCAGGAUUAGCUUAUCAGGGCUAACCUUAAAGCAAGCCAAGGACUUGGUUGAGAUGGAGAGCAAGGAGACAUGAGUUUAAAGCUGAGGGUCUCCCCAGAGAAAAAUGAAGGACCACGGUUUGUUAAAAUGUUGCCCAAAAUUGCCUUCCAGUCCUCUGACUAUUUUGUCAUUGUAUUCAAAGCAAGCAGAACAGGCCACUAAGCCUGUUGUUGUUCUCACACAAAAUAGAUUUCGAUAUUUACCAUAGUAAGUACAGUAGGAUGUAAUUAGGCUGAGCUAAGAGAAUCAGUAAGCCUGUUUUUAUCAUGGUGUACUAAUUGCAUCAUUUACAGUGAUGCAAUAACAAAAUAACCAUCAAAAAUCGUAGUUUAAUCUUUGGCUUUCCAAAUUCGAUCAAGGUUUAAAAAACUAUAGCAUUCUUGUUUAUGUGCCGGUUAUCUUAUACAUGGCUUGUAAGAAAGAUCAGGAUUCAGCCAUUCAUACAUUACCCAUGAACAACUGCAGACCAUGACAUGGAUUCUUAUGAGUCAGUACAACCUUAUUCAAAAUAGGUGUACACUAUAAUUAUUGGGGCUAGUUGAAGCUAAAUUACUAUGGUUUAAGACUGACAUUAAUAGCUUUUGAGAAGUUCGACUGGGUAUUUUCGGCCAACUAACGACUGGCUCAAACAGUCCAAAAGUUCUAUGUCAUAAUCAAAUGGAAUUUUAUGAACGAAUAAAAAACUAAGAUUAAACUGGCUGAGCACAGA